UAUUAAUUCAAUGGAAACUUGUAGUAAAAUUGUCAAAAUCCAGUCAAGAAAAACAUUUUGGGAAACCACUGCUGUGUGUGUGUGUGCGGCUGCGUGUUUUUGCUUAUUGCCCAUGUGUGGAGAUGAUAUUGAUGCUGACAGUGUUUCAAAUACAGCAGCAGAGUAUUUCUCUCCUUUUGCCAAAUGCCUUUUGCAACUUAUUAAUCACUACUACUACCUUCAUACACAGGGGAUGACGCAUGCUGGAUUACAUUGGAUCAAGAUAGUGGCUGAAGUUUCGGCAUGAUCCUGACUCUGUUCCCUGAGGUUAUCUCCCACUGUGAGUCAUAGGUGGAGACUAGUCUGAACAAGGGAGCUUUACAAUCACAGUGGAAGGAUGGUGUGACAGACACAGAGACAGACAGAGGGACCAGUCACUGCUCACUACUCAGAGGCAGACCAUGGCUCCCAUGUCCCUCCUUUUCCUGGGCUUCUUCCUCUCCUUCCUCCAUUCUUCAGAUGCCCAGACCAUCAUCGGUUCUUCCUCUUCCUUCUUCUCUCCUCUGGACCUGCCUAUUAAUUCUUCACCUCCCCCAACCAAGCAAACUGCUCGAAUCUGGCCCUCUUUACCUCCCAGAGGGCGCAGUGAUGUGCCUAUCAGAGCUACAGUACGGGAUAGGCUGACAAAUACGAAUACAGUGCAACAGGGGAAAAGAAUGACCCGUCCUACUGCACAGUCCACUCCUACUUUUAUAUCUGUCCUCUCUAGGCACAACCUCAGCAGCGGACCAAUUUUUACCCAACCAACCGCAUCCAGGCCCAGGACUGACACAGCUAGUUUAGCAUUCAGCAGGGCCUUUGCAAACGGAGACUAUACUACAAAAGGCUCGACUCCACCUCUGCCCACUUUGCCCUCCAUUGCUGUCGCUGAGCCUGCAGGUUAUAAGCCAGUGACAGCAGGUAAUCCAGAGGAGGAAUCCGUCAGAGAGUCAGAGAAUGUUGAUUCACAGGGGUUAGGAUCAGGUAGUACCCCAACAGGGAUGCUUUUGAAGGAUCAAUCACCUGUUCCUCUGCCAACGGUUGGCGAUGAAAGGGCACAGUAUCGGCCACAGGCACAGACCGCGAUAUCUGAAAUUUUUGACAUAAAGACACCACCACCGCAUAGUCAGACUGUGAAGCCUGACCUGUUUGUGCUAACAAGAGCCAGUAAAAUCCCUAAAACAUCACAGACUGAGGCGCGAUCCACACUGUCCCCUCUGGUAACGCAAGUAACACCUCGGACUGUAGAGAGCACAGGUGAACUGACAGCGAACACUCCUGUCGCCGACAGAGUUUCUACAAAGCAGGAUUCUGCUGCUGUGACGACUACUACCACUGGCUCUACUGAUAAACAGCCAGGAGCUUCAGGACUGCCAGUUACUGCCCAAAGCCAGAAGAGUUCAAAUUCAAACACCACAACACCGCAAGUGACAACCAUAUCUACAACUAGUGUGCUUACAACUACACAGGAGGCUGUGAGAACGUCCUCAAAGGCAUCAAAUCAACCCAACAAAACAGCACAACUAGGAAAGAAUAUGGUUAGCACAACUUUACAGUCAUCGAGGGCAGGGACCACUUCUUUCCUUACCACUGGUGUUGUGCCAGUCACCCGAUCAAGGUUUGGCCCCACCUACCAGACUGGUAUUGGUAAGAGGAACCGCUCCAUUCUCCUGGGGCAUCCUCACCAAGCUCCCCAAUCCACUUCUUAUCCAGUCCCCUCCCCCAGUGCCAAUCCCUCCCCUAAUGGCACACUUCUCUACUGGGGUGACCUGAGCCGGACGCUGGCUUUCGCCUGGGAGCUGCAUGUCUACGGUUCAGCAAGUCUCUUCCUCCUCCUGUUUGCUGGAGCUGCUCUUGGCCUCACCCUGUCCCCUGGCACAAACUGUCCUCAUCGGGGUGCUGUUGCACUCGCAAACGCUCUACUGUUUCUGGCUGGAGGCCUUAGGGCAACGCUCUUUCUAAUUGACCCCUAUGGCACAAGGAAAUUGCUCCCUCGCCCUGCAGUUACAGCCCUCUACAACCUGCCUCUACACCUGCUGGUGUGGACCCAUGCUGCCCUCGCACUGCUUGCCUUGAGGGUGGCAGGGAUCAGUGUGUUACCUUCAACUAUGGAGCGUCCUCCUCUGGUGGCUGUGCUGGCAGUGCUGCAGUGUACCCUGCUGCUGGCGGCUGAUCUGCUUUCCCCAGCCCUGUCCCCUGUGGUGCCCGUCACCCUGCAGGUCCUGUCCCUGUGCUGGGGCCUGGCUCUCUGUCUGGGCUUCCUCUGCUAUAUAUUUCCACGUAUACGUGGAGUCCCUGAAGAGACCAGGAGGAAGGCUUGGACAGGGAGCAGGAGGAUAGGCGUGAUCCUGGGGAGAGUUCUGGCAGUGUGUGCAGUUGUGGGGGCACUGUGCUGUGGGCUGCAUGUACAUGCCACCUUAUGGCUCUAUGGACUGCUUGGCGACUGGACGCACUUCAGCUGGGGAUGGUGGCUGGUGCACUUCUGGGCCCGGCUCCUGGAGCUUGCCUGGGGAUUCUGCCUCCUACUCCUGGGUUCUUGGGUGUUCUGGAGGCCUCAAGGUUGGCAGGGAAGAGAGGAGGGUGGACCAGAUGGCAGAGCACCAGGAGACCUGCCAUCCCCUGGCCAAUCUGUUGGGUCCACUCAAAGACAUACCUGCUGGUCAAAGAUAGUGCAGAGCCUGAGAGGGAAGCCUUGCAGAAAGUCUGACAGCAAUGGUGUGGGAGGAGGAGGACCAGGGGAGGUGCCUAACAACUGGGCUGGUCAGGAACGUCCUGGAGCUGACAUAAGUAAAAGUCUGAUCAGGAACCAGAACCACGAGCAGGCCCUUGCCCAGCCACGCUAUGUCAAGGACAGCAACAGGGGACGCAACCACAGGGGCCGCUCUGCAGAACGAGGCAUAUCUGAUGGCUCCACAGGUUCCCUGCUGAGACUGCAGGCGCUGGGCCGGCCUCCACAGCGCUCAGUGAGUGGCAGCCUGGAUCAGGAUAGGGACACUUCCCUGUCUCUGUAUGAGUUUGAUCUGCGGCCCCCAUCUCCCAUCGACCUGACCCGUAGCAUUGAUGAGGCUCUGCACAGGGAACACCUUCUCGGAGGAGGCAGCCUCUUUCAUCCUUUGAACCAAAUCUCACAAUCCCCCUCCCCGGGCUCAGUGGUCAGCCAGGGGCCCUGGCUCCGCCGGAACAGUGAUCCUCAGCUGCUUUCUGAGAGCAGUGAGGCCCCGACAGAGUCGUCCAUGCCCCUGGGGGGUAGCAUACUCAGCAGUGUACCCAGCAGGCAGGUGACUGCUCCCCCCACACCUUCCCAUCAGGGUCACAGGUGGGCUGGAAAUGGGGCGGGAAGUGUCCCUUCAUCAGUGUCUUGCCCUGUGUCACUUCGUCCCUCCAGAACAUCAACAGGGCUUCUGGGGGAGGAUGGAGUGGAUGACACACGGCCGUUCAUCACGCCGGACUCAGAGAGGGUGAGGGGAAGGGCUGGGAGGCCAGUGGGGUCACGGAGUUACCUGGAGGUCAGCCGACAUGACGACUCUGCCAGUGUCAGCAGUGAAAUAAUUGACCUAUGAACCAAACCUUGGACAUGAGGACCAAUGACUGCACAUCAGACAUACCUAUUUAACUGUUCCUAACCAAGACUUCAACACAUAUUGGGAGAAUCUGAUCAUUGAACUGCCUAAAAGUUAAUUAUUUUUAAAACAGGGAAAAUAUAAAAAAGGGGAUCUGGAUGAUGAACUUAAAGAAAAUUGCAUUGUUGCCUUUUAAAGGGUUAAACAACUGUGUUUGUGGAAAAAAUUUGGUAAACCUUUUACUCUGGAAGUAAAACUGGGAGCUAUAACACAUCACGCUGAAAACUCUGUCCAUCUCUAACGCACACACACAUUAUCGCCCUCUCUUUCUUGUCCUGUUUUUCUUCCAAACACACACAUAUACACACACACACACACACACACACACACACACACACACACACACACACACACACACAAACACCUUCAUAACAAUGACAUAACUUCAAGUACAAUGGGACCAUACACACAUUUCAACGAGUCCUGAGAGAAUGGAUCUUCAACAGGCUUGGUUUGAAAUUUGUGAUGGUGUUGAAGUUCAUCUUCCCAUAACAUAAGAAAUCCAUAAAAUAGGUUUAGCUCAUGAAUUAUGUCUGAGAACAUACUUAGCACCAUUGAGAGUUUCAUGAAGUCUGAAGGGUGAAAGAGAAAUUUGGUUCUAGGCGUCUGUAGGGCUCAUUUCUGUUGUCACUGAGGAAAAAUGUCUGCAUGUCAACAGUCCUGAAUUUCAUUGCUUUCAUAGAGUUUAUUUGCUGUCUUCCAUAUGUCAGUUUGCUUUGUGAUGUAAAGAUGUGCCAUACAUAACCUCGGUUGGUUCUGUGCUUUUUGUAAUGGUUCUAUAAACCCAUUAUUUGUGUUAAGUCUCCAUAGAAUCCUACCAGUAUGAUAGUGACUCAACUAUGGAUUACUGCUUCUAAGCUCUUAACAUACUGCCACUGUUGUUGUUGUUCAGUCUGCCUUGUAUGUUAAUGUGAAGCUGGUUACAUAAAGAGGCAGGCAGUAAUCAACAGCUAGGGACAUGCAGACGUACGCUUACGUGGGAAUCUGCUGCUGAGGCUUUAACUUUUGCUGACAUGGUGAGUUUUAAAAUAAAAUUCAAGUAUAAAACUGAGGUUAAUGCAUUUCGUCUUGGCAGUCUGAUGUAGGACAAAGCUUUUGCAGUCAGUAAUUAUGUACAACUGAAGCCUCCGACUGCAUUUUUACAGAAUCUAACUAAGAAUGUGAAACAUAGUCAUGAUAUUAUCAGUGGCAUUGAGUCAAUUCAGAGGGUUUGAUCCCUUAUCUAAUUAAAUGAUACACAGCUUUGCAGGGCUGCAACACACAAGACUGGCUUGGCACGAACCUCAGAACUCUUAACUCAGUAACAGAACACUUAACUGUAAGCCUGAGCACUAGACUCAAGUAUUUUACUACUCAAGAGGAAAAUAUAUUUCAAAUAUAUGAUAUAUAAGUAACAAUGUAAAUACUGUUAUUUUUGAUGUUCAUGAAUAAAGGUGUAUUUGGAACAUAGUUGUAGUUGUUACUGUGAAAGACAAUCUAAAGUGGUAUUGCUUAUGUGUCUGAGCUGUGCAGACAAAUAUGCUGUUUGACAUCAGAUUGUGGCCUGUUGAGGACAUGCAGUGCUUGGACAGUUAAUAGUUGACUGGCAUUCCAAGGACUUUCUGGGCUGCGCUCAGGAUUGAUGUGAUGCUAGUUUUGCAAAUUAUAGCAGUAAUGGCCAUGGCCUGCUGGAUUUGGAUGUGUACUUUAUUGUUUCAUCAUUAAAUGAUGAUAAAGGCGUUGGAAAUUAAUGAACCAAACACCUCUCGUGGAAUCAUAUUUAGUCUAUUAAUUCACUUAGAACUGUUUGGUGGUCCUGAAAAUAGCCCAGUGGUUCCUUCCUCAGACUUAGAUUUGCAAAGUUUUGUUCCAAAAUGUUUUUCACAUUAUUUAAAAACUGAGACUUGCUGUGACAGAUGGAUUAUUAGGAUUCUAUCUGGGGAUGCUGUUGUGAAUAUGUAAUGUAAAAGGGACAUUUUUCCAAAGUGGAUAAUCAUCAUUUUGGAAUAAAACUUAACUCAUUCCUCUGUUCCUGUUGAGAGCCAGUCCAUAACUUGUAUUCCGGUUACCUCAGGGUGGCAUGCAGUACCUCCCAGGUGAUGAGAUGCUUGAGUUGUUUAGUAUUUACAGCUAAAUGGCCUUGUGUUGUUGUCUACAUUCCAAUGAACCUGUAAGAUUUAACCAUGUCAGUGCUCGCUGUUACCUCUUUUACUUCAUGGCCAGGGGGGGUAUCUCCAGCACUCGUAGCGUUGUCCCCGGCCCGAAGCAUUACGUGCCAUAGAAAAUACAAUCAGUGUACCCCCUCCAGUCUGUAGUCACAGUGCAUAAGUACAGUGUACAUAGUUUGAUUUGUUUAUUUGCUCACUGAAAUUUUGUUCUUGUAUUUCUUGCUUCAU